AUGGCUGCCGACGCUUAUCGGCCAUCCACAUCAGGAAAUCUCCCCAAAGAGCCCAGAUCGCGUGAACUGCAUCACGCCCGUCCCCUGAAGACGGAUAUGCAGAAUGCCAAAGCACCCAAGAGCGCGCAAUUCUUGCGACGGAGAUCCGCUCGUGCAGGUAAAUCGCGUGCCAAAGCUACCCCAACCCGCUCGAGGGUGACCCGCUCGAGACCGCAGUCAAGGCUUUCAACGCAGCAUACGGGGCUAUCGGUUGUUAUCCCUGUUAAGCCGGAACUCAGUAAGAAGAAGAAAAGGGAUGGCGAGAAGAGAACGAAUCAGUCUGUCAGUGUUGAGGUUGCGAAUGAAUCACCAUUGAGGGUUGCCGAGAUCGCUAGCCAGGCCUUGCACCUUCAGGAAGCUGGGGAAUGGAAUGAUAUAGAGAAUGAGUUGCAGUAUGAGGAAGAGGAUGAACAGCCAAAUGAGGAACAAACCGCUCCAAAGGAUGUCCUUCCACCCGACCCUUCCCUGCUAAACGAGACCCGAGUUGCCCAAGCGCGUGCGGCAUACGAGCCGCGUCGGAUGAAGGGGCCGCGGUUACCAAGGCGGGAAGCAGCGCAUCCCCUCCAGAAACUGGAUGCAACAGACGAGGACUCGAUCGGUAAAGAGGCACUGCGGCGGGUGGAACAAGAUGAUCGUCGACCGACCAAUGUGCUGAUCUGGGAGGUUGCAAAUGACCUAUAUCGGGAGAAAUGUGUUCAAUUGGGCAUGAAAUUUCAGCCAAUUGGAAGCCAAUGGUCUCAGCGCUUUUUGAUCCGUCACCCCGAUUUUCGCAAGACCUGGUCGCAGUUGAUAGAAGCUAGGAAGCCUCCGCCGCGUGCUCCUCCUCCCGGUGCUUCCUCUGGGGCCGACUCGUGGCGCUUUGCGGAAGAUGCCAGCUCGAUCAUGGACGAUGACUUUUCGAAGUUCAAUAUCCCGAAGACUGAGGCUGAGUGUGCUUCAUACUUUCGACAGAUUCGAAGCGGACCACCUGCCACUGCUAUUCAGAUUCAGAGAUUCCUCACACAUUUAUUAGUGGAGCAGGCGAAGAGCGUUGAUAUGCUUAGCCGUGUGAGAAAGGCCCUGGAGGAACCACAGAAGACUAAUGAAACGGCAACGAAGGUGACCGCAAUAGAACCUCAAAAGAAAUCAGAACAGGUCAAGGGUUUUACUGCGCCGCCGACUUCGGAGAGCCAGCAGCCGCCGACCGCUACAGCUUCGACACCAAUAGUCGGUACUAGCGUUGGGAACCCUACAACUGCACCACCUCAACCAUCACAAUCAUUAUCUCAGCUAACGACCGAUACCAUACCCCAAGGUCAGGAACCACAGGUGCCCUUGACUACCUCAAACCCACCACCCCGGGCUAGCAUACACUCUGAAGAACGUGCCACUAUGGCGCGUCAGGCAUCCAGCACAUCUUUACCACCUCCCACAAAUCGCUUAGCGCAACCGCAGCCCUCACAGGAAGCCCUGAAUACCGCCAGUUCCACACCUAUCAUCAGCAAUGCCUCUUCAACCUAUACCUCCACGCCUUCUCGGUCCAUCAUAACGUUCCAGCAGUUUUCUAGAAAUCACAUAUCUCAAUCUUCACAUCCUCCUGACCAACAAGAGGCCCAUGAGCCGCAGAAACCCCAGGGUACUGCUGAUUCUACGCCUGUGACCGGUAACGCCUCAGGCAACACAGCUACACCGCUGCAAUCAUCUAUAGAGCUUUUCCAAUCAUCUUCUGCAAUAGACCCGUCGUUAUCCUUGUACACUUUGCAGUCUCCACAAAACCAGGAAGCUCGGCGCGAUGAAGCCACUGCAGAUUCCAACCCCAUGCGCAGUAACACCCCCCCAACUCAUCCCUCUGAAGCCUUCCAGUCAACCCAGUCAUCAUUUCAGCCUUCAACUACCUCCAUACCUUGGUUGCUACAUCACCCAGAACCCCAGGAGGCUCAGGAAACCCAGAGCCCCGUGGAUGCCGCGAAUUCCUUGUCUUUGCUCAGCAAUGCUUCCUCCCGUAAUCCAUCUGCAUCACUCGAAACAUUACUAUCGUCCUUUCAAGCAUAUCCGACAACCCAUGUCCGGCAAUCCCCUCAAUCACGAGAGGCGCAAGGUCCUCGAAACCCUCAGAAACCUAAGAAACCCUCUCAGCCUCGAAAGCCCCAGCAGCCUCGCGCUCGAAAUCCUCAACAGCCCCAGUCCCAACGACGCCAGCAGUCACAGCUGCCACAUUAUCAGCUGCCACAACAACAGCAAUCCCAGCUAUCACAGGAGCAAUCACUACAAUUAUCACAGCCUUCUGAACCACCACAGCCUGUUCAGCCACCUGAGUCACCCCAAGUGCCAAGCCGGUCGUCUAAUCAUACGGCCACCACCAUGGCUCCAUUCACUGGGUGGGGCAGUGGAGCUCUGGGUGUGGCUAGCUCCAGCCCAUACCACUCAAGUAAUUUUGCAACAAGCUAUGACGGCAACCACCCUGUCCGUCCGCAGUAUUACCCGAAUGAAUACCUCCUCCGCACAGCCGUGGAUCAGUCGUCGAAGCGCCGGCGCAUAGAUGACCCGAUUAAUUCGAUCAAUCAUCCGGGGUUCCAAUGA